GCGGCUCCCGGGGCCGGUGUCUCCUCCGGCGGUGCUGCCGUGCGCCGCGGGCUCUCCUACGCGCGUGUCCGCCGGCUGCGUUCCGCUCCGCUGAGGCGUCCCGCGGGUCCGUGAGGGUUCGGCCGCUCUGAGGGAAGCCCAGUAGGGAAGACCAAUUCCAGGAUGAAACGCGAAGCAUUUUUGCAAGUUGUGUCUAAAGAGUCAAUUGAAGACUUCCUGCGCUACACUCAGAAUCCUAAAAACAAAUUUGAUCAUUUUGACUUGAAUGAGCUACUUCAAGAAUUGCCAAGAAAGCAAAAAGAAGUGCUAUGGCAGAGGUUGACACAGCUAUUGACAGAGAGCUUGAUGGAGAACCCUGUGGAAACAUGGCACAGGACUGGAGAUGGUAACAGUGAUGAUGACAUGGAAGUUGAGAUAGUUCCAGAAAUGAAACAGACUGUAGCAGUGAUCCAAGGAGUGGCAGCUGUCGUUACUGCUUCCAUACCUGCAGUGGAUGAAAAUAUAAACUACAAAGCUCUUGUAGAAUGUGUUUUUAUACUAAAUGGUAUUCUUCCUGCAUUAUCUGCAUCUGAAAAAAUCCUACAGGAUGCCAUCCAACGUGUGUGUGAAAUGUGGUGGGAGAAGGGACUGGAGGGGAAGGAGCAGCUGGGGAAGACUCUGUUUGUCAUUCUGCUGAGAAAAAGCCUCAAUAAAGUUGCUACGGGUGCAGAUAUAGUUCGUGUAUGGAAUCUACAUCAGGCAUUACUUUGUUUUGAUUAUGAUUCAGAUGAGAGUAAUGAAGUCAAGGACUUGUUGCUUCAGUGUUUUAUGAGUGUAAAACACAUUAAGAAAGAAGAGGGAAGAAGAUUCUUAAGUUUUUUGUUUACCUGGAAUGUAAACUUCAUUAAAAUGAUACAUGGGACUGUUAAAAACCAAUUACAAUUCUUUCCAAGAGCCUUGAUGGAAUACAUUGCAGAAGUUUACUUCAGGGCCUGGAAGAAGGUGUCAGUAGAAUUCAUAGAGGGUAUUGAAUACAACUGCAUUCAGGAUUUCAUGCAUCAUGGAAUUCAUCUUCCCAGAAGUUCUCCUGUUCAUUCGAAAGUUAGAGAGAUGCUGAGUUAUUUUCAUAAACAAAGUAAAGUCCGUCAAGGAGUUGAAGAAAUGCUCUAUAGAUUGUAUCAGCCCAUCCUCUGGAGAGCACUGAAGGCCAGAAACUCAGAAGUUCGAGCAAAUGCAGCAUUUUUGUUUGUUGAUGCUUUUCCUGUUCGUGAUCCCAGUUUUACUGCUGACGAGAUGGACAUUGAAAUUCAGAAACAGUUUGAAGAACUUUUUAAUCUCUUAGAAGAUCCUCAUCCAGUUGUCCGCUCUACAGGGAUACUUGGAGUUACUCAGAUCAUAUCCAAAUACUGGGAGAUGAUUCCUCCAACAGUUCUUGCUGAUCUUUUAAAAAAGAUAACAGGAGAUCUGGCAUGUGAUAUAACAUCUGCUGAUGUUCGAUGCUCUGUUUUUAAAUGCCUACCAAUAAUUUUGGACAACAAACUAAGUCACCCACUCUUGGAACAGCUCCUGCCUGCAACCAAACACAGUCUUCAUGACAGUUCUGAGAAGGUUCGAGUGGCUUUUGUGGAUAUGCUGCUCAAAGUGAAGGCUACCAAGGCUGCUAAGUUCUGGAAUAUCUCUCCCAUGGAGCAUCUCCUGUCUCGCCUUGAAUCUGACUCUCGGCCGGUGUCGCGGCGCAUUGUGAACCUCCUGCUGAACUCCUUCUUCCCCAGUGCCCAGCCCGAGGAUGUGUGGUGUGAGCGCUGUGUCACUCUGAUCCAGAUGAAUCCAGCAGCAGCCAGGAAGUUCUAUCAAUAUGCCUAUGAAUUCACUGCCCCCACCAAUAUAGCUAAAUUGAUGCUCACUAUUCGGCGCUGCUUGAAUGCCUGCAUCCAGAAAGCAAGGAAAGAGAGUCCUAAUGAUAGCGGGGAUGAUGAUGAUGAUGAUGAUGAUGAAGAUGGAAAUGAAAAGGAGAACACCAGUGUGCUGGAUAAUGUGUUGUCAGUAAAUGAUGUGGCCAGCAUGGCAAGUUUGUUGGAGAUCACUGUAAUACUCUGGAGAAGCAUCCGCAAAGCACUAGAUCACAAUGAAGAUGCCAAGGAUUAUGCUAUCAGGAAGUUUGCUUCUGUACUUCCUGAAUAUUUUAAAGUAUUUCAGGAUGAGCGGUGCAUUGCUCCCUUGAUUAUUCUGGCAUCCUUUAUGCCCCCUGGUGCUAUUCCUACAUUCAGCUGUAGUGUGGUUUCCAGACUCAGAAAUAUUGACAGUGGAGCUGACCAAAGCAAAUAUUCUAUGCUGAUCGACUGCCUGUGCCACUGGGGUCAAGUGGGGCACAUUAUGGAAUUAGCCUGCGAUUGGCUGUCUGACUCACUCACCCCAACAAAGAAUACUAAAACAUCUGGGCGUCGAGUUCGUAUCCAUGUAACACAUGAAUCAAAGCCAGACUUGGCAAUUGAUUACAUUGAGUAUUUAUUGACCAAUCCUGUCAAUUGUGGUUUCCUCCUUUCUGUUCCUAAAAAUAGACUGAAGAAGCUUUUGAAAAUCCUCGGUACUGCAAAGAGGGUUCUCUGCUCAAUUCUGAAGGGAACAGAUUCUGGUGGCUGGAAUCAAGCAACCAGCCUAAGAGCCUUCAGCCUCUUUUGCAGAUUGACUAUUCAUCUUCAGCAGAAGUUUUCUGAAGAAGGAAAGGAUCACCUUUCACUUCUGAAGGAGACAGGUGCUUGGAUAAGAAGUGAAGUUGUACCUUUUAUACUAGCAAGUGGUCAAGAGGAUGGUAUUGCAAAACACAGCGAUGUUUCUGAAUUAAUUAUCCAGGUCUACCUGACAGUGUGUAAAGAUGUCAUAAUGGUGGGCCUGGGAAAUGUCACAUUUCAAGCACACCUUUUAGAAUUGGCCCUUCAGAUUAUGCAAACAGAGAGAGGUGGCUCUUGUGCUCCAGUGUUGCUGUGUACUCUAAAAGAAAUUAUUGAAGCUUCUUUAAAUCAGAAUACUGAGACAGAGGAAGUGACAAAUCUUUUCCACACUCUACAGAAUGUCUUUCAGAAAAUUUUAGAAUGUGUGGCACAUAGACUUAAGAAAGAACGGGAAGAAGGAAUUCAGUUAAUUCACUCUAUUCAGGUGCCUCUUGGAGAAUUCAUCCAUGCACUGCAGUGCUGGCAUUCCUCAUUCCCAGCAGUUCACGGGGGUAUACUCUCCACUCUCCUGGCUGCAAUAGUAGCAGAGAUAAAUUGUAUGCUACAGAAGGCUUCCAGUGAAAAAGACUUGAUUAUACCAAAGACUAUUUCAGAUCUUCCCCCUCUUUCAAGCAGUUUAAUGGCUGUCAUUAUGAAGUCAGUUAAUGUUGUCAGGUCAAUUUUAAAUGAAUUAAUGGAGUGCAUUCUCUCUAAAGAAAUUGAAGGGAUUUUUAGUCUAACUGCUGCUGUCUGCAUUGUGAUUAUAAUUAAAGGUAAGCACAAAACUUCACUUCUAAAGGAUAUUGCACCUGCCAUUCAAACGAAGCUAAUAAUAUGCAAGGAUACUGCCACAGGAGAAUCCAGCAGCACUGAAAGAUUCCUGUAUGAAUCAUCUCUGAAAAUUUUGGAUGAGUUUUUGAAUCCUUGACCACACAGAAGCUUUUGUCAUGAAAAUUAAGAGAAGAUGUAUUGCUUUGUAAAAAAGUUACCUUGUAAACUUCUGAAUUGCUUAAGAUUAUUUUCUGUUACUCUGUACAUUUAAAGUAAGCAAAUGUAUAAAAGUGUGUAUAGACAUUAUGUAAUAGUAAAGAAUUUUUAACAGCUACAAAGGGGUUGUUCUGUAUACAAAUAUCUUCUUGAGGGGAGUGCAAAAUCAGUAUUUUUGUAUCUUUGUUUUUGUAAAACAAAUAAUAAUUGUAUCAUAUAUACUCCUGAGACUGAAGUUGCAUGUAACCUCAGUUCCUGGGAGGACUAGAGCAUAUUUCUUAGAGGUUAUGGAAAUGAAUCUUAUUUUGAUAUAUGUGAGGGUCAAAAUGGUGAUUGAGCAUAGCCAUCAUGGCUUUACCAGGGGCAAACUCUGCCUAACUGAUCUGACUUCCCAGCCUUUUGUAGAAGAAGAGAGAGCACAGUGUGUCCUGUUUCCUAUCCUUGGCAAAGACUUUUACACAGUCUUGCACAGUAUCCUUACAGCCAAACUGGAGAGAGAUGAGAUGGAUGGAUAGGCUUGGAAGAGGAGUGGAAAACUGGCUGGACCAUCAGAGUGGAGGAAUAAUCUGCUAAGGAGUGAGAUUGGCAGCUGUGGCUGGGGCACUGCUGAGGGCAGGCCCUGCUGCCAGGGCAGGUUGGUGACAGGGUGAGCAGCAACCUCGAACUGAUGUCAGAUAACAGCAGCUGGGAGCCACAGCUGACACCGAGGGGCAUCUCCUGAUGUUCAGCAAAGACCUGGAGCUGAUGGGACAAAUCCUGCACCACCCACACAGGCACCUGCAUGAGAGCAGCUUCUUGCUGCCUGCACCUGCCUGCAGGAGAGUAAAGGAAAGACUUUCCCCAGAGAUGAAUGAAUGAGAAUGUGAGGCUGCAGAAACAACUUGAGCAAGAGAAUUUCUCAUUGGACAUGAAAAACAAUCAUUAUGAGAGGGAAAUGGAACUGGAAGAGGUUGCUCAGAAAGCCUGUGGAAUACCCAUCCUUGGAGAUGUGCAGAACUUGGCUGACAAGGAGGGAGGGCUAUGACCAUCCAUGGUGUUAUAGCUUUGGAUUUUACCCUACUGAGCUAGGGAUUGGACCAGAUUCUCCCCUGAGCUUCCUCAUAACUUGAACAUUCAGGUGAUUCAGUGCCCAGUAUGCUGGGGAGAAAUGUCUUAAUUAUUAAACAUAGGCUUGACCUGUGGGCCUGUGCCAAUGGCUAUUGAGUCUCCAGUGUUACUGAGUGGCACUGACACUGAAGUUAACCAAUCUGGCCAAAUUAAGACAGGCUCUUCAUUCUUGAUUAAGAUUUGUGCAAAGCUGUACCUCCCAUCUGUCUAAACAAGCAUCUACUCUGCUGGUUUUCUUUCUGUGGUAAGAGACUGUAAGGUUUUUUCAAUAUCUGCUGUCAGUGCAAACAUCAGACCCAUACCUGAGUUGAUAUAUAAAACUUCCUUACAGGAUAAAAGCUGUUUUACCUGGAAUGUUGAUAUUUAAAAGCAAACAGUUCUUAAUAAACUGUCAAGCUUUGCAACGGGAUUGUCAGUGUGUGCAUGGAUUCAUGAGUUCCAGAUUUACCUCAUCCACAACAUUGGCCUGACCAAAGGAACUAAUGCUGCCCCAGCAGGUAGCUGCAAAUCUGCCAACUGUUUAUCUAUCAGCGUCUUUAUAAAAACUGUGUUCUUUGGCCUUCAUUCUUCUACAUCUGUUAACAGGCAGGUGUUCCGGUAAUGACCUUUUAAAUCUUCUGAUUAUACAAAUUACUCAAUGAAUAUGUAAAUAAGUUUCUUUUUUUCUGCUUCUCAUUCUCUCAGUAUUUGCUCAUAUCAUUAGAUUAGAAAAUAAUCCAAAUUUACUGCCUUGUUUUUCCUCAGUGUAUAGCUUUGGUUUUUUCCUGGAAUUCACGGUACAGAUGCAAUAGCCCUGUCAGCUAGGAAGGAAAUAAAGGCCAUUCCAUCAACAUAAGAAAUGUGUGGAUUUCCUUUGAAGAACUCAGAGGUGAUACUGCUAGGUAGGGUAAAAUAUUUAAAGAUAAACCUUUGUCUUCCUGAUGGCUGGUACUCAAGUGAUUCUUAAGAGGGUUGAAAUAAUUUUGUGUUAGUCCUGUGUUAGCUGGUGAAUGUAUUUCAGCUCACUUUCUAGUCCAGCUCUACUAAACUGCUCUGCCAUGAAAAAUCAUUGGCUUUCUGCAAUACAAAUAAUGGUGGUGGCAUUCCUUGAGUCAUGGUCUGUCAGGGCUUUGUCCUUAAGCCUUUGUGGCAAAUUUCACAAGCAUAUUGGAGGAGUUCUAUGUUUCACUUGCUGUUCUCAUUGUAAACCCUAAUCUUGCAAAACUUUAAAUCUACAUUCUCCUUCUGUUUGGAAGAGACAAAUAAAUAGGACAUUUCUUAAGCUGUUAUCUUUUGUAAACCUGUAAAACAGACUUGUUUCAUCUUAUUAAUCAAAAGUGCUGUUGGGGAAGAAUUGUUGUUCUUUGGAUAUGUUUGAAAACUUCCCUUAAUCUUAGGGAUCUGUUCAUCUUUUUGAAGAAGUUGAACCUGACUUUGAUUAAUAAAAAAACCACUCCUUUGGGCACUGGCACUGGAAGGUGCUGGUGAUGAAGAGCUGCCCACAGAGGAAACGUUCUGGACACAAUUGUACCUGUGAGAGCCAUGUCAGGAGCUCUUCUCUUUGUGCAUAUGUAUUCAGGAUCAAUGAGACUGAAAAAAGUAAUAACUUAGAACUACUUUCAGUAAUCAACAUUGUUUGUAAGGACUAGGGUCCUUUUUGUAAUGACAAUGUUCAUUUGCUUUGUUGUCUGGAUGGGAAACAAAACCCUGUAUCUGCCACCUAUCACAGCUUCAACUUGUGAGCUAAGGAAAACCAGGAGAAAUUCUCAAGCUUCUUCCUUAGCAAAUAAAUGUCUUCAGGUAUGGAUACAAGCACACAAACCUUCAGAAUAGCCAGGGAAGUUUAAAAAAUUCCACCUUGCACCUGUUGUUUACUUCAUGAGAGCUGCAACUCACUUUAUAUUUAAACUCCCAUGUGCUGCUCUCAAGUGUUCUGAGGUCUUUUGACUUUCAGAAGGAAAUCAGACUAAUUUUGACCAAAUCUUUCACCUUACCUGAAGGAUCCUUAGUGACAGACCCUCCAUAAUGACUGUGAUGUGAAACCAUGACCCACAGCAGCGACCUUUCCAUAUUCUUUGCUGAUCUGCUCCAGUGUCUUGCAGACCAAGACCAUUGCAGCGUCCAGCUGUGCCUGUGCCAGGAGGCCCCGUUGUGGCAGCUGCCCAUGUCUGAGAGAAGAGCAUGGCUUAGUACUGGCACCCGGACAAGCAGCUGGCCAAGGGCAACUUUCAGGAACAGCUGCAGAGCUUUCCACUGGAGGCCAGCAGUUCUUCAGGUUCAUUAAGCCCUUGUAAAUAGACACAGAUCUUGCCUAAUUGCUCUGGAUAAGAAUUCUUGGUCCUGGCCUCUGUGUGGCUGCUUGUCUGAGCAUGACCUAAGCCAGAGCCUGAGGUUUCCAGCAGUGCUGUAGCUUUGGCUUUAAUUUACUCAGCAGUCACUGGGGAAUUUUCACUUGGUUAGGGUGUCCAGCAUAGAUGUGUUCUGGGUCUUCUCUAAUCAGUCUUUUGUCUCUCCAGUUCUGUAUCAUGGUCCUAGCAAAAAUUAUAUCCUGUGUCACAGAGGAAAUUUCACUCUCUGUUGUAUCUGUCACCAGUGUUUGAAAACAGUUUGGCAGUAGGAGUUGUUACUUUUAUUUUGUUACUGUUCAUGACUCUAGUAAGCAGAAACUGUUACCAAUCUUUUUCUUGUGUCAUUCGUUUUAACCAGAGGAUCACCUUUUUCUUAGAAAAAUAACUUGGUUCUCAAAUACAUAAUGUGGCAAUUGUUUUCUUCAUGGUGCUUACAUUACUUAAAAUGACAAUUUUCUGUAUUUUUCCUAUGUAAAAUUCUAGCAUUUUGUUUUAUACUCUGUCAGCUUGCCUCAGUUUCAAAUAUAUGUUAAAAUUUCAUUAGUUCAUGCUGAUUUUUUGUACUGUCAUUAAUGAAAAUAUUAAAUAAGAUGCUUUUCCAAAA